AACGAAGUGCGUUAGGUUGUUAGAAAGUUAAUGGCUGGGGGAAAGAGAUUCUUCUCUUCUCGCUUCAGGAGAGUUUCGGGAUUUUCUGAAGUAAAAACACCCUAAUUUAUAAACAAAUACAAACCCGAAGGAAGUUAAAGACAAUAUUAGAUUUAUUAACAUACAUAUUAUUUAGAUAAGUAUGCAGGAUGCAGUAGCCGGGACGGCAAUGCUGACGGACGGCUUCGAGGACGAGAUUGACUCGGUGACUCCGCGCUCUCCGGCGGUAGGGAUGGGGGUAGGAGCCACACCAGGAGCCGGACUCGGGGGCAUAGGGAUUGGUGUCGGCGGAAAAAAAGUCCGGUUAUUUGGCGAGUCCAGUGGGCCCACUGCAGACAGGCUGGAUUUUAAACUAGCCGCGGCGGCUGUUCUUUCCUCUGGUCCGGGGUCUGGCAGCGACGAAGACGAAGUCUCGGAGGUGGAGUCCUUCAUCCUGGACCAGGAGGACCUGGAGAACCCCAUGCUCAAGACCGCGUCCGAACUGCUGCUCUCCAGCGCCACCGACGGGGUGGACCUGCGCACCGUCGACCCCGAAACACAGGUCCGGCUGGAGGCCCUCCUGGAGGCCGCAGGCAUCGGUAAACUGUCCACCGCGGACGGUAAAGCGUUCGCAGAUCCCGAGGUGCUGCGGCGUCUGACGUCGUCGGUGAGCUGCGCGCUGGACGAAGCCGCCGCCGCCCUCACGCGCAUGAGGGCCGAGAACACGCUCAACGCCGGCCAGGCCGACAAUCGUAGCUUAGCAGAGGCCUGUUCGGACGGGGACGUGAACGCCGUGCGGAAGCUUCUGGACGAGGGGCGGAGCGUCAACGAGCACACGGAGGAGGGCGAGAGCCUGCUGUGUCUGGCCUGCUCCGCCGGCUACUACGAACUCGCUCAGGUGCUGCUAGCCAUGCACGCUAACGUGGAGGACCGGGGCGUUAAGGGGGACAUCACCCCUCUGAUGGCGGCUGCUAGCGGGGGAUUUGUGGACAUCGUCAAACUGCUGCUGGUCCAUGGAGCCGACGUCAACGCACAGUCAUCUACAGGAAACACGGCGCUGACGUACGCGUGCGCAGGCGGCUUCGUGGACGUGGUGAAGGUGCUGCUGAAGGAGGGCGCCAACAUCGAGGACCACAACGAGAACGGGCACACGCCGCUGAUGGAGGCGGCCAGCGCCGGGCACGUGGAGGUGGCGCGCGUGCUGCUGGAGUACGGCGCCGGCAUCAACACGCACUCCAACGAGUUCAAGGAGAGCGCGCUCACGCUGGCCUGCUACAAAGGUCACCUGGACAUGGUGCGCUUCCUGCUGGAGGCCGGAGCCGACCAGGAGCACAAGACGGACGAGAUGCACACGGCGCUGAUGGAGGCCUGCAUGGACGGGCACGUGGAGGUGGCGCGGCUGCUGUUGGACAGCGGGGCGCAGGUGAACAUGCCCGCGGACUCCUUCGAGUCGCCGCUGACGCUGGCGGCCUGCGGGGGCCACGUGGAGCUGGCGGCGCUGCUCAUCGAGCGCGGGGCCAACCUGGAGGAGGUCAACGACGAGGGCUACACCCCCCUGAUGGAGGCCGCCCGCGAGGGCCACGAGGAGAUGGUGGCGCUGCUGCUGGCGCAGGGUGCGAACAUUAACGCGCAGACGGAGGAGACGCAGGAGACGGCGCUGACCCUGGCCUGCUGCGGCGGCUUCCUGGAGGUGGCCGACUUCCUGAUCAAGGCGGGGGCGGACAUCGAGCUGGGCUGCUCCACGCCGCUGAUGGAGGCCGCGCAGGAGGGCCACCUGGAGCUCGUCAAGUACCUGCUGGCCGCAGGGGCAAACGUCCACGCUACCACGGCAACGGGGGACACGGCGCUGACGUACGCUUGUGAGAACGGACACACGGACGUGGCGGACGUCCUGCUGCAGGCCGGGGCUGACCUGGAGCACGAGUCUGAGGGGGGCAGGACGCCCCUGAUGAAGGCGGCCAGAGCGGGACACCUGUGCACUGUGCAGUUCCUCAUCAGCAAAGGUGCUAACGUGAACAAAGCCACGGCCAAUAACGACCACUCGGUGGUGUCCCUGGCCUGCGCGGGGGGGCACCUGGCCGUGGUGGAGCUGCUGCUGGCACACGGAGCCGACCCCACCCACAGACUAAAGGACGGCUCCACCAUGCUCAUCGAAGCUGCUAAGGGAGGUCACACCAACGUCGUGUCCUACCUGCUAGAUUACCCAAACAACAUCCUCUCUGUCCCCGCCCCCGACCUGUCCCAGCUCACGCCCCCUUCUCACGACACGUCUCAGGUUCCUCGUGUUCCAUUCCAGGCCCUUGCCAUGGUGGUGCCCCCCCAGGAACCCGACAGAGUGCCCACCAUCAGCUCCCACCCCCCUGUCACCUGCAAAGGUUCGUCCAAACAGAGACAGAGCACCCUGCAGGCGGGCGGCGGUGCCGCGGGCCGCCCGGACGCCGACGCCCUGCCGCCGCUCCACCCGUACCAGCCGCUGGAGUGCAUCGUGGAGGAGACGGAGGGCAAGCUGAACGAGCUGGGCCAGCGCAUCAGCGCCAUCGAGAAGGCCCAGCUGCAGUCCCUGGAGCUGAUCCAGGGGGAGCCGCUCACCAAAGACAAGAUCGAGGAGCUGAAGAAGAGCCGGGAGGAGCAGGUGCAGAAGAAGAAGAGGAUCCUGAAGGAGCUGCAGAAGGUGGAGCGGCAGCUGCAGCUGAAGACGCAGCAGCAGUUCACCAAAGAGUACAUGGAGGCCAAGGGCCUGAAGGAUGACCCGGGCCAGACGGGCGUGGCCCAGCCCCCCGGGCCCCUCCCGCCCCCCCACCCGCCGCACCCCGCCCUGCUCGGCUCCGACCCGGACGAAGAGGCUCGCUGCGGCGACGAGGAGGGGGGGCAGCCCUGCCCCGCGGAGGUGGAGGAGGAAGGGGAGCAGGAGGAGGAAGAGGAGGACGACGACGAUGAAGAGGACGAGGAUGAGGAGGAGGAGGUGGACGAGGAGGAGGAGGAGGAGGAGGAGGAAGAGCAGGACGACUUCGCUGCCAAGCUCCCGCAGGUGGACACCAUCCUGUACCGGGAUGGGCAGCCGCCCCCGCCGCCUCCCCCGCCCCCCCCUCAGGAGCCCUCCCCCCCGCCCCUGCAGCCCAGCUUCAUGCCCAUGCAGCCGCUGGCCCUGCAGCAGUCCACAGACUUCAGCAGCGCGGACUGCCCCUGCACUGCCUCCCCCGACCUGCAGAGGGCGCUGGUCAGCCAGCAGAUGCUGGGCCCCGGACUCCUCGCCCAGGCGCCCGACGGCCUCAUGGUGGCCACGCCCGCCCAGACGCUCACCGACACGCUGGACGACAUCAUGGCUGCGGUCAGCAGCCGGGUGCCCAUGCUCAGCACUACGACCCCCCCACCCCCCCAGCCUGCCGCUCAGUCCCCCGGCAGCAGCGUGGCCCCGCCCUCCAUGCUGCCGCUCUACCCUUCUGUGGACAUCGACGCACAUACGGAGAGUAACCAUGACACCGCUCUGACGCUGGCGUGUGCUGGGGGGCAUGAGGAGCUGGUGUCGGUUCUGCUCGCGCGCGGAGCCAACAUCGAGCACCGGGACAAGAAGGGCUUCACCCCCCUGAUCCUGGCUGCCACCGCGGGGCACGUGGGCGUGGUGGAGGUCCUGCUGGAUAAGAGCGGGGACAUCGAGGCCCAGUCUGAGAGAACCAAAGACACGCCGCUGUCACUGGCCUGCUCCGGGGGACGGCAGGAGGUGGUGGAGCUGCUGCUGCUUCGUGGGGCCAAUAAGGAGCACCGUAACGUGUCGGACUACACCCCCCUCAGCCUGGCCGCCUCGGGGGGGUACGUCAACAUCAUCAAGAUCCUCCUCAACGCCGGGGCCGAGAUCAACUCCAGGACGGGCAGUAAGCUGGGCAUCUCCCCCCUGAUGCUGGCGGCCAUGAACGGGCACGUGCCGGCGGUGAAGCUGCUGCUGGACAUGGGCUCGGACAUCAACGCGCAGAUCGAGACCAACCGCAACACGGCGCUGACGCUGGCCUGCUUCCAGGGCCGGGCCGAGGUGGUCAGCCUGCUGCUGGACCGCAAGGCCAACGUGGAGCACCGGGCCAAGACCGGGCUGACCCCUCUGAUGGAGGCAGCGUCCGGAGGGUACGCUGAGGUGGGGCGGGUGCUCCUGGACAAGGGCGCGGACGUGAACGCGCCCCCCGUCCCGUCGUCCCGGGACACCGCGCUCACCAUCGCCGCCGAUAAGGGCCACUACAAGUUCUGCGAGCUGCUGAUCAACAGGGGCGCUCACAUUGACGUGCGGAAUAAGAAGGGGAACACGCCUCUGUGGCUGGCGGCUAACGGGGGGCACUUUGACGUGGUGCAGCUGCUGGUGCAGGCCGGCGCCGACGUGGACGCCGCCGACAACCGCAAGAUCACGCCGCUCAUGGCCGCCUUCCGGAAGGGCCAUGUGAAGGUAGUGCAGUACCUGGUGAAGGAGGUCAACCAGUUUCCCUCGGACAUCGAGUGCAUGAGAUACAUCGCCACCAUCGCGGACAAGGAGCUGCUGAAGAAGUGCCACCAGUGCAUGGAGACCAUCGUUAAAGCCAAAGACCAGCAGGCCGCCGAGGCCAACAAGAACGCCAGCAUCCUGCUGAAGGAGCUGGACCUGGAGAAGUCGCGGGAGGAGAGUAAGAAACAGGCCCUGGCAGCGAAGAGGGAGAAACGCAAGGAGAAGCGAAAGAAGAAGAAAGAGGAGCAGAAGAAGAAACAGGAAGAGGAGGAGGCCAAAGUCAAGGAGGAUUUCAGCGAAAUGCAGGACGAGGAGAAGGACUCUGCCGAAGAGGAGGAGGUCCCCAUCGAGCCCCCCAGCGCCACCACCACCACCACCAUCGGCAUCCUGGCCACCUCCCCCACCUUCUCCUGCGCCUUCGGCAAGAAGCGCGCCGGCGCGGCCUCCACCCCCACCGCCAGCCGCAAGAACAAGAAGAACAAGACCAAGGACUGCGCCAGCGAGCCCAUCAUCCUGCAGGACCCGCAGGUGGCGCUGGCGCAGCAGCGGGCCGACCGCAACAAGAUCCAGGGCGAGCCGCGGGGCGGGGGGGCGCCGGGGGGGCACAGCGACUCCGACAACCUGGACAGCGCCGACUGCAACAGCGAGAGCAGCUGCAGUGGCAAGAGCCAGGAGCUCAACUACCUGCCCGACCUGCCCUCGUCCUCCUUGUCCUCCUCUUCCUCCUCCUCCUCCUCGUCCUCCUCCGCCCCCUCCGUCCCCGCCCACGCCCACGCCCCGCCCGCCCCUGAGAGGAGGCAUGGCCCCCCCCUGCACGGCUCUCGCGACGAGAAGGUGACGGUGUCCGUAUCCAAACCACAGAGGGUGCAGGACUGCGGCAGCGGCUUGACGCCCAGCUCCCUGCCCUCCCCCUUCAAGACGAUGUCACUGCCAGUGUCCUCCCCCAGCGGCAAGAUGAGCCUCGCCAGCCCCAAGAGGGGCCAGAAGAGAGAGGAGGGCUGGAAGGAGGUCGUACGGAGGUCUAAGAAGCUGUCGGUCCCGGCGUCCGUGGUGUCGAGGAUCAUGGGACGGGGCGGCUGCAACAUCACUGCCAUCCAGGACGUGACGGGCGCACACAUCGACGUGGACAAGCAGAAGGACAAGAACGGCGAGCGGAUGAUCACCAUCCGGGGGGGCACGGAGUCGACGCGGCACGCCGUCCAGCUGAUCAACGCGCUGAUCCAGGACCCCGCCAAGGAGCUGGAGGACCUGAUCCCCCGAAACCACAUCCGCGCCCCGGGCGCGCACAAGAUGGGCUCGUCCUUCCCGCCGUCGGGAGGCGUGGCCGGCGGCUCCAAGGCCCUGGCGUCCAUGGCGACGUCCUCCGGCAUGUCCUUCCAGCCUUCGUCUUCGUCCUCGUCCUCCUCCUCGGCGGGGAAGCUGGGGAAGGGGCUGCCGUCGGGGGUGCGGCCGGCCUUCCCGGUGUCCCUCCCCCUGGCGUACGCCCACCCCCAGCUGGCGCUGCUGGCCGCGCAGACUAUGCACCAGAUCCGCCACCCGCGGCUGCCCAUGGCGCAGUUCGGGGGCACCUUCACCCCGACGCCCAGCACCUGGGGGCCCUUCCCCGUGCGCCCCGUCAGCCCGGGCAGCUCCAACAGCUCCCCGAAACACAACGGCACCGGGGGGGCCCGCCCCGGCCCCUCCCACGCCGAGUACGCCGCCGCCGCCUCCUCCACCGGCGCCAACCCCGCCUCCGCCGCCGUGGCCACGCCCCCUUCGGUCUCCGCCUCGGCCCCGCCCUGCCCCCCCAGCGCCCCCACCCCCUCGUCCGUCAGGAAGCAGCUGUUCGCGCCCGAGCCCAAGGUUGCCGCGGCGACCACCACGGUCAGCAGCGCCUGCGCCACGCGGCUGGCGGGUUCCCCCGCCCACCAGCACGGCUCCGCCCUCCCGCUCGCCACGCCCUCCACCCCUCCUCCCCCUCCCAUCGCCCCGCCCGCCCAACAGCAGCACGCCCCCAAACAGGAGCCCAGCGGGGCCCCCACGCCCGGGAAGGAGAAGCCGUCUCUGGAGGCCACGCCCACGCCCGUCACCGCCGCGGGAGUUUCUGACGCCGUCGGCUCCGCCGGGCCCCUCCCCUUCUCGGCCCCGCCCACGUCCCUGCCCGCCCCCCAGCCGCCCGUCCCCUUCUCCUCCGGCGCAGAGCCGGCGACGCCUGCCCUGGUCCCGCCCACUUCCGCUAACCUCGCCCCUUCCUGCUCGGUGGCGCACACCAGCAACGCCCCCAGAAUGUCCCACCGCAUGCAGCCGCCCGGCCCCUUCUACCCGUUGCCGGAGCAACAGAGCGUGUUCGUGCCCCUGAACGUGGCCCCAGAGCCGCUGAAACAGCAGCAGCAGCAUCCUGGCCACGCCCCACCCCCCCACCAGGCCCCCGGCCUGAUGAAUGGCUCCCAGGUGCACCUGCACGGGGGGGCCAAGGCCCAGCUGCCCCCCAACUUCGGACCUGCUGCCCUCUUCAACCACUUCAGCAGCAUGUUCGACGGCAGCCAGGUGGGCAACAGCCAGGUGUGGGGGGCGUGUCACCUGCCCACCCGCACCGCCCCGGAGCAGAGCUACAGCGGCCCCCCCGCCUACAUGAGCAUGGGCCAGAUGGAGGCCGUCAUGACCCCCCCGGACGGGUCCAAGGCCCCCGGCUACCGCUCCUCCUCCCAGAGGCUGGUCAGCAGCCCCAUCGCUGUGCACCCAUUGGAUCCCUCGAUGAGCUCGAGCUCCGCCUCCUCGGCCGUGCUGACCAGCUUUGCCACCAGCAUCUCGGGCAGCCCGGUGUUCCUGCCCGGCCACGCCCCCUGCGCUGGCCCCGCCCCCGUCGGCACGCCCUCCUUCAGCCGCCAGCACUUCUCCCCCCACCCCUGGAGCGCCUCCACUUCCUGUGAGUCCCCGGCCCCCUCCGUGUCGUCAGGCGCGUCCUCCCCGCUCUCCGCCUCCUCGUCGGCCCCGCCCCUGAUCCAGUCCAAGCCCGGCGGCCCCGGCCUGCAGGACCGGAAGGUUCCGCCGCCCAUCGGCACCGAGCGCCUGGCCCGCAUCCGGCAGACGGGCUCCGUUAACCCCGCCCUCCUCACCAGCAGCUACACCGCGCCCGUCGGCCAGGGCGGCAUCUGGUCCUUCGGCGUGGGCAGUGCCUCAGAGGCGAUGUCGGGCUGGUCGCAGCCCCUCAUGGGCGGGCACAUGCUGCAGCAGCAGCUGCCAGAGCUGUCGGCGAUGUCCCAGCACCAGCCCCUGGAGCAGGACGACACGGGCAUUGUGGCGCCCUCCAACGCCUUCCACCAGGGCCACCCCAGCCAGGGCCACCCAAACCAGGGCCUCCCCAGCAGCUUCAUGGACUUCUCCAAGGGGAUGCCGUUGUCGAUGUACGGAGGACCGAUGAUCCCCCCCCACCCCCCGAUGGAGGGGCCGGGGGCCCCCAUGUACAACGGCCUGCACAGCGCUGACCCCGCCUGGAACCCCAUCCUCAAAGUCGUCCCCAACUCUGCGGAGAACUCAGACCCCCAGCAGGUCUGGCCCGGUACGUGGGCCCCACACGUGGGGAACGUGCACCUGAACCACGUGAACUGAGUGCGGGAGCGAUGGGCGACGGGCGGGCGUGUGCACACCCAGCGCCAGAGACGACGUGAAUUCCUAAUGAACAAGAUAAUCGCGAUGAUAAUGUUAACCUAGAGGUGUCCUAAACGAGACGAGAAGCGCAGAGGCCGGACGCCAUUUUUGAUGUGCCUAACUAAAAAAUAAAUAAAAAAACGAUGAGAAUUGAGUGUGGGCUGUUACUUUACCACUGUCUAUGAACAAACGGGAUUGCCUGUUCAACAGGACACCACCUCUGCGUAGCGUAGCCAUUUUGACUUUAAACCACACCUAAACCGUUCUUGAUCUGGCCGGGCUCACAGGACCGUAAGCUAUUUAUACUCGGACAAGAACUAGACUACAGAGAAGCAUAAAUCAGACCUUUUAGAGUGGUAAAUACAUGUAUAAUUGUUUACAUACUAAAAAAGGGUUAAAAUGAGAGUAAAUUUCAUGUCGUAUAGUGGCUCUACUUUAUGUAGCCUGUAUUAAUGUGAAAUAUUUACCUUAAUAUUCAAUAAAAAGAUGGAAAUGGA